AUGGUUAAGUAUCUGUCUAUUCAAUGGAAGAAGAGGUCAUCAUCAAAGGCGAUGAUGAGAAGAGGCGAUUUCGUGGCGCCAGAGAUUCCUUUUGAUCUCGUGAUGGAAAUCCUGAGUAGAUUGCCUGCUAAAUCGCUUAUGAGGUUCAGGUGUGUCUCAAAGCUCUGGUCUGGUCUGAUCCGUUCUCGAUAUCUUAGCAACCUUUAUCUUACUAAUAAGGUCUCAUCAUCUGGAGAACCACUUUUUCUAUAUAUAAGUUAUAAUUUUGUGCCACACUGUAAGCUUGAUUCAAUGGACCCGUCUCAACUGCUAUCAUUAACAGUAUCGCCGGCUAGUGAUAGUGCUGAAUUAUCCUUGGAACCAGAUUCGGAUUUCCGGUUGAUGGAAACGAUGGGAGUACAGGGAAUGGUGAUUCUUCGCGGUUUGAUUUUAUACACUUUUUGCGGAAAAGCAUAUAUCUAUAAUCCCACCACUAGACAAAGCUUAAACUUACCUGCCGUCAACACCAACAUCUUUGCUCAACAAGAAGGUUUUCAGCGUUAUAAGCGUGUCUGCUACUUUUUCGGACACGAUCCUGUUCUUGAUCAAUACAAAAUAGUGUGCAAUGUUUUUGAGAGGUGGACAAGCUCCGAGUUUUGGGUCUUUGUACUAGAACCAGGAGGUUUUUGGAAAAGAAUUGAGUAUGAUGAUCAACCUCGCACUCUUUUUGGGCAAGGACUAUGUAUCAACGGAGUUAUAUAUUGUUGGGCUUUCAAUCAGAUAUGUUUCGAUGCUGUUUACUGUUUUGACGUUAGGUCUGAAAAGUUGCGUGUGAUCAAAACACCUCCCCAUGCAGUGUCUGAGUAUGGUCAGUUAGUGGGUUUCAUAGAGCAUGGUGGGAAACCCGCACUCUUUGAUCAUACACGUAUUAAAGAAACGGGUGUGUCGGAGUUGUGGGUGUUGGAGGAUGGUCUGGGGGGAACUUGGUCGAGGAAGUCUUUUGUUUUGAAGCCGUGUCAGAGGCAUUUAGUACGUGACAUCAAUAUGGGUUUGAUGGUGCAUGGUACGGGUCAAAACAAUGAGGUUAUUUUAGGGUUGGGGUUGUUCUCUCGUCCUUGUUACCUUCUUUAUUACGAUCUGAUAAAGAAUGAUUUGAGAAAGGUUAAUAUCAACAGAGAAAAGCCUUACCAGUUUGUCAAGGCUAUGGAUAAGUAUGAAAGCAUCAUGCACUUGGAAACUUGA